ACUUCCUCUCUGAGGAUGGAGCCGCACGGCCGUGCCGGGAAGAGCAGGAAGUCCACGAAACUGCGGUCCAUCUCCCGCUCCCUGAUGCUCUGCAACGCCAGGGCCAGCGACGACGGCUCCAGCCCCGACGAGAGGUACCCCGACCCCUUUGAGGCGCCCUUGGGCCGGGGCAAGGAGGGGGCGUUCCACUCGCCCGUGCAGCUGGCAGACACGUCGGAGGCCGGGCCCGGCAGCGUUCCUGACCUAGCGCUGGCCUCGGAGGCGGCUGGGAGCGACCGAGGCAAGCGCUGUAAGACGAUGUUCUUCGUGAAGGAAGCUUCCACAACUUCUCAAGAAAAGUCUGGAAAAGUAGAACCGCAAAGUAGUAGCUUCCUGCUUCCCAAAGCCUGUCACCAAAGGACACGCAGCAACUCAACCAGUGUUAAUCCCUGCUGCACAGCAGAAGUCGACUUUCGGAUGACCAAGAACUCUUGCGCGGACAGGCAGCCCUACGCCCUGUGCGGCAGCAGGAAGUCCCUCUCGCAGCAGCUGGACUGCCCAGCAGCGAAGUCUGCGGGCAGCUCGAGACCCACACGGUCGCUCAGCACGGCUCAGCUGGCACAGCCCUCAGGCGGCCUCCAGGCUUCCGUCAUCUCCAACAUCGUGCUGAUGAAGGGCCAGGCCAAGGGCCUGGGCUUCAGCAUCGUCGGGGGAAGGGACAGCAUCUACGGCCCCAUCGGAAUUUACGUCAAAACCAUCUUUGCAGGCGGAGCCGCGGCAGCGGAUGGACGGCUGCAAGAAGGGGAUGAAAUUCUGGAGCUCAACGGGGAAUCGAUGGCUGGACUAACACAUCAGGAUGCUCUGCGGAAGUUCAAGCAAGCCAAAAAAGGGCUCCUGACCCUCACGGUGAGGACGCGCCUGACGGCGCCCCACUGCCUGAGCAGCCACCUGUCGCCCCCGCUGUGCCGCUCCCUGAGCUCCAGCACGUGCGCCACCAAGGACAGCGGCCCCUUCGGCUUGGAGAGCCCCGCCCCCGCCCCCGCCAGCGCGGCCAAGCCCACCUACAGGGUCAUGGUGGAGGUGUCUCUGCAGAAAGAGGCUGGCGUCGGCCUGGGCAUCGGCCUGUGCAGCGUGCCCUAUUUCCAGUGCAUCUCCGGCAUUUUCGUCCACACGCUGUCCCCGGGGUCUGUGGCACAUCUGGAUGGGCGGCUCCGCUGUGGCGACGAGAUUGUGGAAAUCAAUGACUCCCCCGUGCACUGCCUGACGCUAAACGAAGUCUACGCCAUCCUGAGUCACUGCAGUCCUGGACCCGUCCCCAUCAUCGUCAGCCGGCAUCCAGACCCACAGGUUUCAGAACAGCAACUCAAAGAGGCUGUGGCCCAGGCUGUGGAGAAUGUCAAGUUUGGGAAGGAGAGGCAUCAGUGGAGUCUGGAAGGCGUCCCGAGGCUGGAGAGCAGCUGGCAUGGGCGGCCGACCUUGGAGAAAGAGAGAGAGAAAAACUCAGCACCUCCACAUCGCAGGGCUCAGAAGGUCAUGAUCCGCUCCAGCAGCGACAGCAGCUACAUGUCUGCGUCCCCGGGAGGGAGCCCAGUCAGCGGUGGCGGCGAGCAGCCGCCGCCUUCCGACCUGGAAGUCCACGCGCACAGCCCCAGCCUGUCCCCCGGGCAGGAGCAGGGGGGGCCUCCCGUGGGUCCCUCCCGGCCACCCCAGGAGAGCCCGCCCCUCCCUGGGUUGCCGGACAGCCACCGGCCGCUGAGACUGAAGAAAUCCUUCGAGAUUUUGGUGAGAAAACCCACGACCUCCAAGCCCAAGCCUCCGCCCAGAAAAUACUUUAAAAGUGACAGUGACCCUCAGAAGAGUCUGGAAGAGAGACAGAGCUCCCUGUGCCCUUCAGGGCACACUUUGCCCGCGGGUGGCCAGGAAGCCAGCGAGCUGCCGCCAGCGCCACGGCCGCCACUGCAGGAAGACACGACGGGGAGAGCCCCCCGCGCCCUUGCCUGCUGCCCGGGGCCCGCGGCGGACCCGCAGACGAGAGCCUCACCCCAGGGUGCAAAGGGCUGGCGGGCAGACGCUCCGACCACACAGCUUCCGAUCCCCACAUCCCCGGUGAAACACCCACUCCUUAAGAGGCAGGCGCGGAUGGACUGUGGCCUCGACAUCUCGGCCGAAGACCCCUGGGUGAGAAUUUCUGACUGCAUCAAGAACCUCUUCAGCCCCAUCAUGAGCGACAACCACGGCCACACAACGCUGCAGCCCGGGGUCAGCCUGGGGGAAGAAGACGGGGUGCAGGGCCUCCCAGACGGGACCCUGUCGAAGCCGGACGCCUCCGGGACCUCCCCCAAGGUUUGCAAGUCAGCAGACAGCGGCGCCGUGAAGAAGGGCCCUCCCGUGGCCCCCAAGCCAGCCUGGUUUCGCCAGAGCUUGAAAAGUCUGAGGACGCGGGCCGUGGAGCCGAGGCGGCCACCCGACCCGGCCCCCUCUGCCCAGCCGCCAGCCGCAUGCUGGCAGCGCCCCCCGGGGCCGCCCACGCGGGCCUUCUCUUCCAUCAAGCAGAGAAUCAGCUCCUUUGAGACCUUUGGCUCCUCCUCUCAGCUGCCCGGCAGAGGAGCCCAGAGAGUGAGCCUCCAGGCCUCGCUCGGGGAGGCAGCACAGCCUCCGGGGGAGCACGAGGGAGGUCGGGGCUCUGGCCUCUCAGAGCAAGGGGCUGUCCCCACCGCCGAGCCCCGGCCGCCAGAGCGGGAGCAGGUGCCGCGGGGCCCCCCCGCCUCCUCCAAGCCCAGGGACCCAGGGGCAUCGGGGUCCUCUCUCCCGGGACGGCAGUCCAGCCAGAAAGCCCUCCCCGCUGACCCCGACCCUCUCCUGAGCCUGCUGUCCGCACACGCUGAGGGGCCCGCAGGCCCGGUUGUCAAGGCGCCCAGCCAGCGGGCUCGGAGCUUCCCGCUGUGCAGGACGCAGUCCUGGGAGACGGCGCCGCUGGAGGAGAGGUGCAGUCAGCUCUACUCCAUCAGCAGCCGAGUGUCCUCGGCCGUCAUGAAGUCCUUGCUGUGCCUCCCGUCCUCUGUGUCCUGGAGCCCGAGCCCCUGUGCCCCCAAGGACGGCGGCUGCCCUGCAUCAGCGGCCAGCGACGCCCCGGCCGCAAACGGGGCUGCGGAAUCGCCUGCUUCGGACACGGGGUUCUCCCUCAACCUUUCAGAACUGAGAGAGUACACGGAGGGGCUCGGGGAGCCCAUAGAAGUUGACAGCCGGGACCAGUGCUCCCCUCAGUCGGGCCAGUCGGUCAUCUCCCUGCUGAGCGCCGAGGAAUUGAAGAAGCUCAUCGAGGAAGUGAAGGUUCUGGAUGAGGCGACCUUAAAGCAAUUAGACAGCAUCCACGUGACCAUCCUGCACAAGGAGGAGGGAGCCGGCCUUGGCUUCAGCCUGGCGGGAGGAGCCGACCUGGAAAACAAGGUGAUCACGGUUCACAGGGUCUUCCCCAACGGGCUGGCCUCCCAGGAGGGAACUAUUCAGAAGGGCAAUGAGGUUCUCUCCAUCAACGGCAAGUCCCUGAAAGGGGCCACGCACAACGACGCCUUGGUCAUCCUCCGCCAAGCGCGGGACCCCAAGCAAGCUGUGAUCGUCACGCGGAAGCCGGCCCUGGAGGCCACGCCUGACCUGAACUCGUCCACGGAUUCUACGGCCUCGGCUUCUGUGGCCAGCGAUGUUUCCGUGGAUUCCACAGAGGCCACGGUGCACACGGUGACGCUGGAGAAGACCUCGGCGGGGCUGGGCUUCAGCCUGGAAGGCGGCAAGGGCUCCCUGCUCGGCGACAAGCCUCUCACUGUUAACAGGAUUUUCAAAGGGGCAGCCUCGGAGCAGAGCGAGACGGUCCAGCCGGGAGAUGAAAUCUUACAGUUGGCCGGCACCGCUGCGCAGGGCCUCACGCGGUUUGAGGCCUGGAACAUUAUCAAGACGUUGCCUGACGGCCCCGUCACCAUCGUCAUCAGGAGGAGAGGCCUCCAGUCCUCGGGGACCUCGGCGGCUGGGGACCCCUAGGCAGAGCCGCGGGGAGCACAGAGCGGUAGUGCGCAGCUCCUCACAGCCGCGAAUUCUCAGGGUCACUGCUCGCCCCCGCCUGCAGGGGGAGGCAGAGUCGGGCUUCCAGGCGGCUGCUGCCCGGGGUCCAGACCUCCUGGUACCGUAGCCAGCCGAGCGGAGGGGCACGGUCACCCCGGCGAGGCCGGGACCACCUUCAGGCUGUGGACAGAGAGCGUGAUGAUCAUUUCGUGGUGCUGUAAAUAAAACGGACACGUUACAGUUUGA